GGAGGCCCCGGGAACCCUUCAGAGUAAACCGGACGCAGAGCAGCAAGGGCUGCAGGGAGUCCGCAACACUCGGGUUACCCUUCUGCCCACGUGGCCCUGGGACACUCCCCUGCGGAACCGAGACGGGUCAGGGCAAGUCCGGGGCUAGCCUCGAGCACGAGUAACUGUCUCCCGGGCGAGCCUCAUCGCGGCCUCAAAAGUGCUAGUGGUGCGAGCGCAGGCAGGUGGUUUAGGGGAACAGGCGCGAACCUACUUCACUAGGCACUUGGCCUACUGUUCCUGGAGGAGGGGGAGACUCAUCGCCAGAAGUAAUGGAACUGUGAUUGAAGGGAUGACAGACUAGGAUCUCCAUCUCACAUGCCACCAAGUGUUUGGGGUCUUGAUUUUGGGUCACUUUCUUAGAGGAAGAGGGAGAGAAACUUACCCUUUUUACUAACAAGCCUGACUGCUCUCCAAAUGCUGCCGCUAAUUUCAGUUUUUUGUGUGGAGGUAGAUUUUUCUAACACCAUCUUUGUGUGAUUUAGCUGUCCACAGGGAAUCAAAUUGUGGAAUGAGAGGAUGAAACUAAUCCUUUCUUUUGCACUGUUAGGGGUUGCCAUAAACACCAUUUGUUAAAAAGCAUAAUUAUGUUGGGAAAGUGCCUGAUGAGACAAUUAAGCUACAUAAACACACUGAAAACAAAUGAAAACCAGAAGACGCCCACGCCCCUUGUGUAAAGCAAUUUUUUGUUUACAUAGAAACGAGAGAGGUCUGAGCUGCUUUAUUAUAACAAUAUUAUUAACGUCUAGAAAAACCUAAUGACCAUAUUUUUAUGAAUUUUCAGUAAGAAACCUUGGUCACAGUGUGAAAACCUGUUAGCAAGCCUGAGCUAGCGACAAAGUCCUGCACUCCCGUUCAGUCAGUCAGGCCAACAAACCAUCUUAGUGAACAGAAGCCGGUGGGUUUGUGUACUGAGGGCGCCAUUACUUGCACCAGAGCAUGUUUAGCUUAAAGUCAUAAGCUUAAAGUUUGUCUCAGUGUUGGACCGGGCUCACUGCAAUAUCCUGGUGCCGAGAACACUACCUGGCACAAGAUGACCCCCAGCAACUAUUCCUUAAAUGAAUUCACAUGACCACAUUCAUUUUUAGUUAUGCUAUUUAAAAGAACCCCCCCAUUUUAUGAUUGCCUGAUCUUGAAAAGAGGAAUUCUUUUAUUAUUUUGAGAUAUUUUAACUCCUUUAGAUGUAUAAUAACAAUUGGGGUAUGGAAAGAUGAGUCAAAAAAAUGCUGUUCUUAAGUACUAAAAAGAAUCAAAGCAACCUUCCAAACUUGUGUAAUUUUUGAUCAAAGAAGGAGUCAAAUUUUUGGCCGUAUUGAGUAACCUCUGAUAUAUAUAUCAGAGUCUGUGUCAGUUUUCAGUUCAAGAUACAGAGUCCAUGAUUUUAAACUGAUUCAGAAACUUUGGAGAUCAAAGUUCAAGAAGAAUUUAGUUGAAAUAAUUAUCGUUUAUUUAAAGCACCCAAAUCAGUCCCUUUUAUUUGUUCAUGUAAUGUCUAUGCCCUGGGCUGUAGAGAUACUUUUUGCCACAGCAUAGUUUUUCUAAGAGUCAGCAUAAUAAAUAAUCUUUCUCAUUCCCCUUUCUUGCAGUUCCCCAGUAAGUCUCAUUUAACGAAAGGACCAUGCCGAUUUGUUAAAUAGUAGAGACCCUGAGAAAGGAAUAAGCCAAGGAAGCAUGAUUAAAAUGCAACAAUAACAUACUUUCAUGAAAAAGUUUCAUUUAUAUGAUAGAACUCAGGCCAAGUAACUUGCAAAAUAGCAUAUCUUAGUAUUUUUCCUAUGUUCGUGUGUUCAUAUGUGCUUGACCACAUCCCCGUGGUUUCCUGAUUGAGUCAAUCUGAUGAUUUUACCCUUUAGAUGUUCUCUAGAAAUAGUCAAAUGUUCAUAUUAUUACUGCCUGGUUUCCAAAAAGCUAUUUUUUUUUAUGGUUAAUGAAAUGAAAACUUGAAUGAAACUAGAGAGACUGAAAUGGAGAAUCCUUUUCUUCCUAUUCUAGAAAAAUCACCAUGUCUUCCUCCAGACCGGGGCUCUGUUUGGCUGCCUGUUUACUAAACAUUUCGGAAGCCGGAAGAAAAUACGUUGUUGAGAACAUAGCAAGAGCUGCUCUUGAAGAAAAUGCGCAGAAACAUCCUGAAGCAUCAGUGCUCAGUAUUUUUUCUGAUCAAAACUACAACAGAUCAGUCAUUGCAACAGCAGCAUCUGUUGAUAAAUUGGGCAUCACAGAGAACUUGGUCCUAUGCGUUCCUGGCUGCAGUGUGUCUCUCUUUGGCGAAGCUGACCUGCCUGAGAAGUGCAGUCUUGUCCAGAGAAGGAAGCAAUUAGUCUGGUUCACAAGGAGAGACCUCAGCGUUCUGAAACCUGACCUGGGGGCUGCACCUGCACAAAGAUGUGGAUUAACAGCUUGCUUCAGGGCGUUGUGACAGUUGCGUUGGAAUAAAAUUGGAAUUUCAGCCUUGCAGUGAGGGGUGCAUGCUGCCACCAGAGCAGCCGAGUGCCAAUCUGCAGGAGGCAGGAGUGGAGCGAAACCGCAAACUGAGAAACAAACUUUCACAUCAGGUUUCUAAUUUUAGAGCAAAAAAUGGAAUCACUUUAAUGAUAUGACAUUUAACUAGAAGUAUGAUUUGCUGGGAUUAAUUAUUUCUCUUAGUUAAAAAUUCUUACUAGGUUUAAAUUAACAUAAAAAAUCAAAUUCAGUGUUUGAAUAAUGUCAAUGGAACUGCUGGAUUUAAAUGUAGAAUUUGGUUCAUUGCAAUUAGAUCACCAUAUUGAUGUUGGACUUGGAAG